AUGGAGGCUGUCACAGAUGCACCCGCUUUGCCUGCCCAGGAGCUUUCAAAUCCUCCCAUUGCCCCCUCAGUAGAAGCUGGUAUCAGCGCUGAUGAAAUCGCCCUUUACGACCGACAAAUCCGACUCUGGGGCGUCCAGGCGCAAGAAAAGAUCCGCAAUGCCAACAUCCUCCUCAUAACCAUGAAAGCGCUCGCCAACGAGAUCGCCAAGAACCUCGUCUUGGCAGGCAUCCACUCCCUUACAGUCGUCGACCACGAGAACAUCACCGAGAACGACCUUGGUUCGCAGUUCUUCAUCUCCGAAUCCGAUGUUGGUAUGAACCGAGCCGAGGCUGCUGCGCCGCAGAUCAGAAAGCUGAACCCGAGAGUCAGUGUUAUUGUGGACCAGGAAAAUGUUAAAGAGAAGAGUCCGGACUACUUUGGGCGGUUUGAUGUUGUCAUUGCGACGGAUUUGCUCCCAGAUUCCCUGAAUAUCAUCAAUACGGCGACGAGAAUCAAUCACAAGGCUUUCUACGCCGCGGGUGUGCACGGUUUCUACGGCUUCAUAUUCUCGGAUUUGAUUCAGCACGACUACCUGGUAGAGAGAGAGAAGGGCAAUAGGGCGACCGUGAAAGGACCCGAGACGCGGACACGCAGUGUUGUCGACGUCAAGGUCAAGAAGGAAGGCGGAAAGAACGUUGAGAUGGUCACAAAGCGGGAACUCUAUUCUACGUGGUUCUUGGCUAGCGAUGCCGCGAGUCUCCCCGUGGAGUUCCUGAAGAGCAGACGACGAUUAAAGGCUGUCACUCCGAUUCUGUCAUGUCUACGUGCCCUAUGGGAAUUCCUCCAAAUGCACAACGGCCAAUUGCCAAGUAAUGCAGAACACUUUAAGACAUUCACGAGGCUGGCGACCCAAAAGCACAAGGCCCUAGGUCUCCCAGAAGAGACGCUUCGUUCCGAGGUCCUCCGCAAGUUUUUGCAGAACCUGGGCAGUGAGAUUGCGCCUGUUACGGCUGUACUCGGUGGCCAGCUUGCCCAAGAUGUCAUCAACGUCCUUGGUGCUCGUCAACAGCCAAUCCAAAACAUGGUGGUACUUGACGGAGAUUCGAUGGAGGCACCGAUGUACGCCUUACAUCCGGAGGGUAUGCUCGGCGAGGCUUUGCUGCCACUGUCUGUGGGUGCUGGAAACGGCGCAAUGGUGGAUGGGAUUCUACCCAUAAAUGGAAUGCAUGUCCCGCCUGGUGCCAUUCAGAUCUAG